AUGAAGGGCCUUUUUCUGGAACAAGUGCGUGCUUCCCCGGCGGUGAAGUGCUGCGGAUGGGCAGAUUCUUUUUAUUUAGCAGGAAGCAACUAUGUCCUAUUUUUAGAGAACAGUCAUGAAGUGAAGCUGCAGGGAAGGAUUAAGUGGACUGCAUCAGACGGGCGCAUGGUGUAUGCAAUCACCAGCGAAAGCAUACUUCUUGUGCACAAAGAGGCAACCGACUUUCAGGAAAUCAUGAAAGUAGAUCUGGAGGGCGUGCAGGUGAUCUGUGCCUGGUACAAAAGCGGGCGGCUGCUUAUACACGCGGAGAACGAAGUGCUUGUGUGCGAUGUGGAGAGAAAAAGGGUGGCCAGAUACACGCCGUACGGCCACCAGAUCCUGGCGAUGGACAUUGCCCAGGGGGAAGAGCUGGUUUUUGUGCUUCUCCUGUCGUCGUGCGAGCAAAACGUGGUGAGGAGGAUGGGCAUGGAAGGCGUCCUUGAGGAGCUGGGGCAGGUGGCCGUCUCCAAGAACGUGUACAAAAUAUUCAGCGUAGAGAGCGGGGGAUUCAUAGCUGUGGAAAGAGGGACUCUCUCCAUAUACGGGCAGGAGAACCAGCGGAGGAGCAUGAGCUUUGGCGAGUCUAUUGUGCGGACAGGAGUAAGCCUUUCCAGCCGGACGUUUUUGAUGAGCGGCCUGUCGGAUGAGCUGUGCGUGCUGGACACGCAGGAGUUCAGGAUCACGAAGUACAUUGGCACAGCGUGCAUAGUGACCGAGGGAAUUGUGAGGGCGCCAGACGCCUUCUACAUCUACAACCGAAAGGGAGAGGUCGGAAUCUGCGAGGACGGAGAAGUCCGCGUGCUGCGAAGGGCAGGCCCAAUUACGCACAUAAAAGCAGUGCCAGAGUUCGGGACUGUGCCGCUGUACGCCCUGCAGAGCGAGGCAACUCGGCACAUGGUCGGAAAAAUCAGAAGGCAGCUCCGAAAGACCCCAACAAGAAAGACCGUGGUUCGGGAAAAGCCUGUCCAGAUACUUGCAAGCAAAGAGUACACGUUCAUAAAAUAUUUGGAGGGCUCCGAGAUCCGGCAGGAGGGAGAGGCAGGAGAGCCUGUUGGCGUGGAGGUGGAGGUGGUUUCCUUUGCGUUCGAGGAGGGAGCGGCCGUUUUUGUGACAAGGUCUGGCCUGGUCUGCCGGUACAGCGGGAGAGUCCUGCAGGAGAACUGCCUUUUUUGCGGGCACGAAAAGAAAACAGAGAAUGUGAAGAAAGUCGCGCCAGGCCACAUGCACGAAGACGCAAUCCUGCAGGCAGACAUGCAGGGAGAUGGGCUGCUGUACACGGCCGCAGCGGGAACGUACUUUUGGAGCUGUGCGAAGAGAAAGAGAAUAAGCCUGGGCGAGCACGCAGCGUAUUCGCUGAGCAUGCACCGGGGAGUUGCUGUAAUAGGAAAUGCAGAAGACUCCGUGGCCAUAGACGUGGAAACGCAGGCACAGGAAAAGCUGCCCUUCUUUGGCCGGGCGGUGGUGCGGGUAGAGGACUCCACGUACUUGGUGCACAAGCACGACGGAAGCCUGUGGUGCAUGAGUGCAGGCGGGGAUGCAGUGAAUAUAUGCGCUGGAUCCGUUAUUCUUAGGAACAUCAGGCACACAGAAAGAGGACUGCUCGUGAACACGAUGAAUAGCACCCUGCUUGUGUACAGGCAUAGGACAGGCGAGAUGUGCGCCGAGUACGUGGAACCAGUCGGGGGCUCGGGAGUUGCGUGCGUGCACGGGCGAGAUGUCCUGGUGAUGCAUGUGCACGAUAGAGAGACGGGAGAGGAGACCCUGCAGGAGUACAGGCUAGACACCGCGUGCGAGUACGCGCUCACGGAAGAAGUCCCGCAUAAGGACGUGCUGGACUUUGUCGCACUUGAAAACAAGUACAUGCUCGUUCUUAGCAGUAAAAGCAGGAGCAUAUCCGUGAAGGAAGCCGUGGAGUUGGGGCGCCCGAACGGGAUUGUCGCGUCUCUGUACAGCAUCUCUUCAGCGGCACUUCUGGGGAGCAUAACCUACGAGGGAGCGAACUCAGUGCACACAGUGAGACUGCACGGGCGCGUGGCUCUGGGGAUAAACACGGAGGACGGGGCUGUGCUGGUGCUGCUGGAGGUUGGGGGCGCAGCCCUGCAGGAGAUAGACAGAGCAGUUCUGAAUAAGACGGGGAUUCUGUCGCUGUACAGGAAUAAAGGCGUCCUGUACUGCAACACCACGAAGGGCCUGCAGACGUACAGGGUGGGCAGAAAAGGCCUGGAAAUGCCCGGAAAAUGUGCAGGCGUGCCAGAGUCCCGGUGCGCGAUAAAGAAGCCGUAUCUGGUGGAAUACUCACUCGCCCGGAUCAGGCUGUACGCGCCAGACACAGAGCUCAAGCAGCCGCAGGCAACAUACAUUGACAGAGCAAAGAGCGAGCAGAAAGUUUUUGCGGCUUUCAACAAAGACUAUUUUCUCGUGGGGCAUGCGCAGGAGGAGGAAGGGUCAGUUUCUCUGCUGAAAAAGGUCGGGGGGCACAUGGAAAAAGUGCUUACACUCGAGCUUCCGUCCGCUGUCGUGGCCUUGGAGAGGGCGAGUUUUUCGCUGGUGAAAAGAGCGGACAGUUUGGCCGUUCUCACCCGCGAAGGGAGCGUGUACAGAAUUUCUCUUGUGCCGGAUGCGCUGGUUGGCGCGUGCACUCUGCCUGCGGAGGGAGAGGGAGAGUCGCCGGUCGUAAUUGCCUCGGAAAGUGAGUUUCCGUUUCUGGCUGCGUCUUCGUGCGGGAUGGAGAAGGCAGUGCUUGUGCAGAGCCCAGAGGCAGUGGGACUAAUGCGCAGCCUAAUAUAG